AUUUUCAUUCCUGAUUCCAGAGUGUACCUGAGAAAAUGGCAAGUGGAGAAUUAGCUUUACUUAGCGUUUCCAACAAGAGAAAUCUAAUUGAAUUCGCUGAGAGCUUACACAAGUUGGGAAUGCAAUUAGUCGCCAGUGGAGGAACAGCUAAAGCAAUAAGGAAUGCUGGCUUACCUGUCAGAGAUGUUGCGGAUAUCACAGGAGCGCCAGAAAUGCUUGGAGGUAGGGUGAAAACUCUUCACCCAGCAGUUCAUGCUGGAAUAUUGUCCAGAUUAACUGAUGGAGAUUUGAACGAUAUGAAGAAGCAAGAUUAUCGACUUAUAAAAGUUGUUGCUUGUAAUUUAUAUCCUUUUGUUGAAACCAUUGAGAAAGAAGGAGUCACAAUUGACGACGCUAUCGAAAAUAUCGACAUUGGAGGUGUAACUCUACUGAGAGCUGCAGCCAAAAAUCACGCAAGAGUGACUGUUGUAAGUGAUCCAGAUGACUAUACAAGUAUCAUAAAUGAAAUGCAUAAAAACGACAAUCAUGAUACAUCUGUGGAUACUCGACGUCAACUAGCCUUAAAAGCAUUUCAACAUACAGCCCAAUACGAUGAUGCUAUUUCUGAUUUUUUCAGAAAGAGCUAUUCUAGUGGUGUUUCCCAAAUGCCACUUCGUUACGGUAUGAAUCCACAUCAGAAACCAGCUCAAAUAUUCAACACUGAGCAAAAGUUACCUUUAGAUGUUCUAAAUGGAUCCCCAGGUUUUAUAAACCUUUUGGACGCUUUGAACGCUUGGCAACUGGUUGCUGAGCUGAAAAAGGCAGUUAAUUUGCCUGCUGCGGCUAGUUUUAAGCACGUAUCGCCAGCUGGAGCAGCCGUAGGUGUUCCCCUUACUCCGGAUGAGGCUAAAGUUUGCAUGGUUGGAGAUAUGUUUGAACGUUUGACUCCUUUAGCAACAGCAUACGCUAGAGCUAGGUGUGCCGAUAGGAUGUCAAGCUUCGGCGAUUUCGUUGCUCUAUCCGAUUGUUGCGAUGUUGCUACAGCUCAAAUUCUGUCUAGAGAAGUCUCAGAUGGUGUUAUUGCUCCUAACUACGAAGAAGAUGCCCUGAAGAUACUUUCUCGAAAAAAAGGUGGAAAUUAUUGCGUGUUGAAAAUUGACGAAACCUACAAACCAAGCGAACUUGAACGGAGACAAGUUUUUGGUUUGACUAUGGAACAAAAGCGCAACGAUGCUACAAUUGAUUCAAGUCUCUUUCAGAAUAUAGCAACAAAGAGAAAGGAAAUACCUGAAGAUGCCAUUCGGGACAUGAUAGUUGCCUCGAUAACCCUUAAAUAUACCCAAAGUAAUUCGGUAUGCUAUACUAGAAAUGGCCAGGUUAUUGGUGUGGGAGCUGGCCAACAGUCUAGAAUACACUGUACUAGGCUCGCUGCUGAAAAAGCUUCAAACUGGUGGCUACGUCAUCACCCCAGAGUCUUGGAUAUGGCAUUUAAAGAUAAUGUCAAGCGGGCUGAAAUUUCAAACGCAAUUGAUUUAUAUGUGUCUGGCAUGAUUGGUAAAGAUAUUGACAUAAACACGUGGAGCAAAGCGUUUAAGGAAACCCCGCCUCUACUUACAGAAGAAGAAAAAGAUAAGUGGAUGGAAAAAUUGGAUCAAGUCGUCUUAUGCUCCGACGCAUUCUUUCCAUUCAGAGACAACAUAGAUAGAGCAAAGAGGAUGGGAGUUGAAUUUAUUGCAUCUCCAAGUGGUAGUCAAAAUGACCAGGUGGUUGUAGACGCCUGUAACGAGCAUAACAUGGCUAUGAUUUUCACAAAAUUAAGAUUGUUUCACCAUUAGAAUGUAAAUUUAGCCUUUGUAAUAAAAUAUGAAACAAAUUAG